AUGACGCACACUCAGCCUCUUCCCGAUGAGGAGGCCAUCCGGCCCGACGAGCAGACGCCGCUUCUCGGAAAUGGAGCAGGCCAGGGAGAUGGCUCGGUCUCCGAAACGCACCGGGUGGAUCCCCGAAUAGCAAGCCGGCUCUACCUCUCGCAUUUCCUCUCGACCUGGAAUUCCCGGAUGUUCGAGUUCGGCGCAGUGCUGUAUCUGGCGACUAUCUUCCCGGGAACGCUUUUGCCCAUGUCGCUCUAUGCGCUCACAAGAGGUCUAUCCGCGCUGGUAUUUGCGCCUACGGUUGGACAAUACAUCGAUAACAAUGACCGGUUGAAGGUCGUUCGCACAUCGAUUGUUUCCCAACGACUCGCAGUAUCGGCCUCAUGCGUUGUAUUUUAUAUCCUGCUCAUCGGGCUACCUCUGGGUGACUAUGGACGCCCUGGCCUGCUUGCACUCCUCUCGAUCAUGGCUUGUGUUGAAAAGCUGUACUCCAUCGUGAACAUGGUAUCAGUCGAGAAAGAUUGGGUGAUUAUCAUUGCCAAAGGUGACAUUGAAGCCCUAGCAGUUCUUAAUGCACAGAUUCGCCGAAUCGAUCUUCUCUGCAAGCUGCUUGGUCCACUAUUCAUUGCGCUCAUCGACGGGUUCUCCACUAAAGCAGCCAUCAUCGUCAACCUCUCCAUGAACAUCGCUUCUGUUGUUGCCGAGUACUAUGCCAUUGCCAACAUCUACAACGACGACCCCGACUUGCAGGAACCCAAGUCUAAGCGGACGCCUGUUUCCGAAAUACCACCAGCGUCGGUGAAUCCUGGCAGCAAGGUCCUGAACCAUGUUAAAAGAACCGCAUCCGACUUCAAGUUUUACUUCCGUCAUCGCGCAUUUCUGCCGUCGUUUGCAUGUUCUCUAUUAUAUCUCACGGUGCUCAGCUUUGGGGGCCAAAUGGUUACGUACUUGGUCGCAUCGGGAUACAACACAACAUACAUCGGUAUAGCAAGAACGAUCAGUGUCGUGUUCGAGGUACUGGCGACCUGGGUUGCGCCUUGGCUUGUGGGUCGAAUCGGACAAGUGCGGGCUGGUCUUUGGAUGAGCAAUUGCCAGGUCCUACCACUGAUAGGUGGCUUGGUAGCUUUCUGGGUCUUCAUGCCGAACCCCCUGAUCUCGGCAUCCAGCCUCGUGAUUGGAGUCAUUAUUAGCCGUCUCGGCCUACGAGGUUUUGAUCUUUGCACUCAAAUUAUUGUCCAAGAGGUUUGA